AUGGUUGCAUUUGUUCCGAUGCCGUUUUUUUUGUGUAAAAGUGUAACAGUAAGUUGGCUGAAGAGAGAGGGAAAGAUUGUUGGAAUCAAAAUAAACUUUAAUGAAGUGUUGAUACAGCAAGGGCUAUCCAAUUCGCAUCCAAACUUGAACCCCGGUUGGAAUCCAUUCCGGACACGUCAACUCGAGUUUUUGCAUAUAAUAGAACUGAUCCCUGUUGUGCUGAAAAAUAUGAAAAGUCCACUUCUGGCUGUGCUUAUGCGUAUGAAUAGCGUCAUCGGGCUUAGCGGGUUCCGGACUUGUCACAGUGUUCAUUUCAAAAGUGGUGGAUUCGGUGGCAGGGAAUUUGAUGGUGGACUGAUCCAAAUUAGAUUCUUGCAUAUAGUCGAUGGUGGCUGGACAGAGGGCAUGGAACUUCGUGAUGUACCAAUGAUUGUCUCCGUGAAGACAAUGACUCACAAAGGAAAGCCGAAUCUUGAAAUUCCAUUCAUGUAUGCUCGCAUUCUCUCUCAAUCCGAUUUCAAGUCUCAUUGUGAUUCUGGCAGUCAUCUCGGUGUCAUGUACACUCAACAUUUGGACUGUCACAUAAUCCGUAUCAGUUCUAUUUGGAGGCUUCCACAUUUGACUCAAUCUUCGAUACCAGGAUCUUAUCAUUUCUGA